ACCAUUCCCAAGACUAAACUUCCACCCCGCACAUCGCCGCCGCUCGCUAAAAGUACCGAAACGACUAAAUCAAGUUAUGAAGUUCACGCACCUCCCCAACGAAACAAUCCUCCAAAUCACCGAGUCCCUCUCACCACCCCACAUAAACCACCUCCUCCGUGCGAACCGGCACCUAUCCCUCCUUCUGCCUUCCGACCUCCUAUCCAGCAUCUGCCGUACACGCUCAGAAGAGUACGCCGUCAAAGCGAUAUACUUCUUUGCCGAGAGAAGGGAGGGGCUACCCAUCUCCUGGUUGAUACAGAAGGGAGCGCUAGAGUUUAUCGAGAGCGGAAGGCUCCUCCUACACGAUGCGGUGGUGAAUCGGAGUUGUGCUGUUGUGGAGACGCUGCUGGAUUGUGGGGUUCCGGCGGAUACGAAGGAUUCCAUGGGACGCUCGUUGGUAUACCUCGCCGUUAAGAUGGAGCGCCAAGACGUGUUGGAGGUGUUGCUGGGGAGGAAAGACGUGGAUAUUAAUCUCCAGGAACACCGUCGUGGGAAGUCCCCGUUUCACGUUGCGGUCAGAAGGAAACAUCUCCCUGCCGUUAGGCUUCUGAUGAACGACAAGAGGGUCGACGUCAACCUCGCUGAUCACUAUGAUGAGACGCCGUUGCACUCUGCCGUGAGGGGAGCGCAAGUGGAGAUUGUGAAAAUGUUAUUGGAGGACGAGAAAUUGCUCGUCAAUUGCUUCGAUGUAUGUGGCCACACGCCACUGCAUCUUGCCGUUAUCAAGGGGAGCGUAUCCAUUCUCCAGAUGAUGCUGCGCGAUCAGAGGCUUGAUGUCGCGAUCGGGGAACCUGGGGGGCAGACCCUGCUUGAUAUCGCGACCGAGCGCGGCUACGAAGAUGUUGUGCAGGUAUUGCUUGACGACGGGAGAUUCGAUCCUAACGUGCUUGAUGAUAUGAGUAUGUCCCUAGAUCAAUUCACUAUAAAGGAGACUAGACUAAUCAGGGGGGCGAAAAGGGAAUUGGACCCCGUUGCACCGAGCGGUUUAUAUUGGGAAUGACGCCAUUGUUGAUCUCCUCCUGUCGGACGGGAGGGUUGAUAUCAAUUGCAGAUCGAACACUGGCGACACGCCGUUGCACUUGGCUAUUCAUGGCAGACAGAGAGGGAUAUUGGAGCUUCUACUCGCUCACGAGGAUGUCGAUAUCUACGUGACGGACGAUGCUGGGAUGACGCCAUCUGAGUUAGCGGCUCAGUUGGAGCCCGAAACGUCCUUCUCCAGAGAGGGAGUUUGCGACUUAUCUGAUUGA